UUGUGCGGAUGCAGCUGAUGGCGGAAAACAAACCGAGCUAGGAGAAAAUAUAAUAAAUGUGUUACAAGGUAACGCCAGCUUGUUUGUUGUAUUAAGAAGAAGCAGCGUGGAGCCUGUUCUUUAAAUGUCUGUCUGAAGAGUUACGGCCAGACAUGAGCGUCACGUUAGAUAUAAGACUGAAAAGAGCAAACAAAGUUUAUCAUGAGGGGGAAGCAGUGGCUGGUGUCAUCGUGCUGGCGUGUAAGGAGCCGCUGCAGCACCACGGCAUCACUCUGAGCAUGGAGGGAGUGGUGAACCUGCAGCUGAGCUCCAAGAGCGUUGGUGUCUUCGAAGCUUUCUACAACUCUGUCAAGCCCAUCCAGCUGAUCAGCAGUAACAUCGAGGUGGCCAAGGCAGGAAAGAUCCCAGGUGGCAAGACUGAAAUCCCCUUUGAAUUCCCUCUGCACGCAAAGGGCAACAAAGUGCUGUAUGAGACCUACCACGGUGUCUUUGUCAACAUUCAGUACACCCUCCGCUGUGACAUGAAGCGCUCCCUGCUGGCCAAAGACCUGAGCAGGAACUGUGAGUUCAUUGUGCACUGUCAGCCACAGAAAUCUAAAGUUGCCCCCACUCCGGUCAACUUCACCAUCACUCCAGACACCUUGCAGAAUAUCCGUGAGAGGAGUUCACUGCCAAAGUUUCUAAUCAGAGGCCAUUUAGACGCCACCAACUGUGUGAUCAGCCAGGCGCUGACUGGAGAGGUGGUGGUGGAGAACUCAGACGUUCCCAUCAAGAGUAUCGAACUGCAGCUUGUGCGGGUGGAGACCUGUGGUUGUGCUGAAGGCUAUGCCAGAGAUGCCACAGAGAUCCAGAACAUCCAGAUAGCUGAAGGUGAUGUCUGCCACAGCCUCUCUAUUCCUAUCUACAUGGUCUUCCCCAGGCUGUUCACCUGCCCCACACUGGAGACCACCAACUUUAAAGUCGAGUUUGAAGUCAACAUCGUCAUCGUGCUACAUGAUGAUCAUCUGAUCACAGAGAACUUCCCUCUGAAGCUCUGCAGAGUCUGAUCCUGGAUCUCACACCAGCUCUCAGAUGCUGACUAUGAUGCACCAUUUAGUUGUUUGCCAACUGAGAAAAGGGGCAAAGAAGAAGAGAUUUGCUGCUGUUCUGAUGUUUCACUGUGGACAGAUGUCUCUACACCAGUGUCAAAAAAAUUAGCUUAAUGUGGAUGUAUAUAUAAAAGCCUGAUUUACUCUGCAGCUCAACAUCAUGAAUGAGCUGCCCGUUAACUGAUGACAGAGAAAUCCUGUCAGAGGUAAAUAAAUUGUAAAGCUGUUUAAUAUGUAUUUCUUUAAGCUUUUUUUUUAAUAAUUAGAGAAAGCAUUUCUUCUGUCUGUUGCACUAAUUUUCUGUAACAAGUCAAAAAAAAAAAAAAUCCUGUUUUGGUUGAGUAUUUGUUGUUCAAGCACCAGAAGAUUACAUGUACAGGGAGUUCAGAAGUUUUUCUGAUUUCGGCUCAUUUCACACUGUUCCAACUUUAAGAAUAACUGGAAGAGGAGUUAAGAAAAUCCUUCCCUGCUGGUCCCAUUUAAACACCAGUACAGUACCCUUUGAUUCUUUGCUCACCUCUUUGUGGAAGCUGUGUCUGCACUCCAGCACGCAGAUGUCGUCUGGACUCAUGUCAUCAUGACAGAUGAUGCAGGGAUCCUCCACGUUGAGCUGCAGUCAAGACACAGAGAGACACACACACACAUACAGUCAGCUCUGAGCGCCUCAUUUAUCCCCGUGGGAAGUUCUGUUUUUAGUCACACUAGCAGUAUCUUUUAGCGCCAUCGUCAGGUCAGAGUUGUUAUUUGUCCAGUACUUUGGUUCAUGACCAAAAAUCUGCAAAGCUAAUGACAUUCCCAUCAGCCUCAGCUGUUUUGUGUGAAUUAGAAAAUGUUAGCAAGCUAACACACUAAAUUCAGAUGGUGAACAGAGAAAAAAAAAUUACAACUAUUACUAUAUUAGCUUGUUAGCAUACCAAUCAUUUUUGCAUUUACUCCAAAACAAACUUUGGUCUUACCAACUCAUUUCUUAAAUUGUGGGCCUUUCUAUUCUGUAUUUCAUCUUUUUUUUUUUUUUUUUUAAAUCUCAGUAUUGUUGUUGCCUCUUUCUUUCAUUUACAUUGUAUAGCUCUGUGCUCUCUAAAUAAAAUUUGACA